AGUGCGUCCACCCCACACCACGGCUGUCCCGACCGAAGACAGAACGGACAAUAGGGGAAAAUCACCCUUUUUUUAUUGGGGCCCACAGAGAACAGCCCCAAGAUGCUGAGGACCCUGACAUUGGGCAGGAGCCAUUGGAAGCCCCCAGGUCUCUCCAUCCUGGACAAGGAGACGUGGGGGACUCUGCGCGGUCGCCCCCUGAGGCCAUGCUCACAGCGUCCCUGUGCACAGAAAAGGGGGAAUAUCACUUCGCACCCGCUCUGGAAGGGGCCAGCCCUCGUGCCGGGGGGCUUCCGGCAGUCCCCCAUUAACAUCUGCGGCAGGGACAGCGUCUACGACCCCCGGCUGAGGCCCCUCAGGGUCUCCUACCACGCCGUGGGCUGCCUCGCCAUCUGGAACACUGGCUACCUCGUCCAGGUGGACUGUGACGACUCCGACGUGCAAGCAGCGAACCAAGGAGCCUGGGACCCCGACACAGCCCCCAGCCGCAUCCCUUCCCAGGCCAGCCCCCAGCGCGUCACCUGCACACGCCGUUAUCCUGCUCCCUUACCCACUGCUCUGGCAAGGAUGCAGCUCACAUGGGCAGGGCACAGCUUGGUACCAGGCAUCACAGGUGCCCAGUAAGCCAAUGGGCGAACAAUGAACAAAGAGGUAAAGGGACAGAUGAGCCUCCCCUGGCAGGAGAGGAAGGGAGGGCAGCCCCUCCAAGGCUGGGGCAGCAGAUAGACUCCAGCCCAAGCUGCAGCCACUUGCUCUGCCCACUGACCUGGAGCCUGCUUGUCUGCGUUACCAACAGCAGGGCACUCGGGUGAGUGUGCGCACGCACUAGCACAGGCGCCGUCCACCUUCGUUAGCAGCCCAGCGCGUCCGUGGGGCCUCACGCUGCCCUUCACCAGGGAGGUCUGUGCAGCCCGAGGCCCUGCCUUUCCACAAGAGGCCGUGCUAUCCUGGAAGUGCUCUGCCCUCGACACGGGGACCUCUGAGCGGCAGGGUGCCCGCCCUGACACCCUGAGCCACGGGCCGGUCUUCUGGAGCCUGGGAGGGCCUGGAGACCAGGGAGGCCCAGUGAGGCCUGUCCUUGCCUGAGGGCUGCCGCAGGUGGGCCCCUUCUCCGGGCGCCAAGCCCCGUGAAGGGCUCUUGCACUGUGCCUUCCUCCACAGGCUCCUCUCCUUACCCAAUGAGAAGAUGCUCGGGGCCCCUGCUCACGGUGGCUCCUGGCCAGUCUCCCCAGGUCCCCUCGGGGGCACUUCUGAUGCAGGGCUCACCGAAUGCACAGGGCAGGAA